AUGAAGGCUGUCCUGCGCACUCGCAGGCUGGGCCAGGCUGCCCACCUGAACCGCCCUUCGCUUUCGCACCGCGCGCUCUCCACGACUCCAUCAGCACGAGCCUCGCGCGCAGAGUCGCUGGCCAAGGCGGCUGAAGCCUCUGCCACUGCAUCCGAGCGUCUUUCCGCCGGCGGUCCACCGCUCGCAGGACCCUCGUACGCCGCACGCCAACAAGCCAACAACCUGGGCCGAUCGCAGCAGCUGCUCUCGGAGCCGUCAGAUUCCAACGCCCAGCUCCGGCUCAGCUCGUCCCAAGCGCGCCGCUCGCGCGCAGCUCGAUUCGGCACCAGCAGACACGUGGCCUAUGCGCCGCCGACUGCGCUUCAAUCCAGCGCCGACCAGCUCGCGCGUUCGACGAGCGAGGGAGACGACGACGAAGCGGCACUGGCCUACGCUGCGCCCGCAGGCACCUCGACCUCGUCGAUCUAUCUGCCCGAGUACGUCGCCUGGGCGAUCUCGCAGCUGAUUGCGGCCGCCAACGAUCCCAAGCUGCUGCGUGUGGAUCACCUCAAGCUUGCGCACCUCACCGAUCCGCAGGAGCACCUCGCCGAAGCGGCACACAUCCCACCCAAGCGCUCGUCGCUCCUCCACCUCGCCACCGUAUCGCCCCAGCGCUACGCAGCCAUCCUCGCCGUCUUCUCGGAAGUGCGACAGCGUCUGUCCCACCGUGGACCCGUGCAGGAGGCGGAUGCGGAUCUGGAAGCUGUCCUGCCCACAUGGACGCCGCAGACCGUGCUCGACUUUGACUGUGCCGCGGGUGAAGGGCUGUGGGCGGCGGCGCAGGUCUUUCGCCAGGACGAUGCGGACCCGCACAGCCCCACGUCGCUGCAGCACUACCACGGCUUUGACCGCAGGCCGAACCUGCUCAAGAGCGGCAAGAAGGUGGCGCAGUCCUCGGCGUCCAAUGCCUCCCCCGCGGACAUCAGGCCCGCCGCACGCGACGUGAAGCUCAAAGACGAGGGCGAGGAGAUCGUCGUCGAUGGCGUGACGUACUACGAGCAGGACUCCACGGAAGCGGAUGAGGUCGAGAUCGACGAGCAAGAUGCGCAGGCUGAGGUCGAGUACUUUUCCGGCGCUCCGUCGGCGAUGGCGUCGGUGGACAAGACGUUCCAAUCGGUGCCUCUUGCCAAGGACCUUGUGGGGGCAGCGGCGGGCGGGCGGUCGCUUGCGCUGUCUGCGUUUGCGCUCAGCCUGAUGACCAACGAUGCAAACCGUUUCGAGGCGGUGCAGGCGCUGUGGGACUCGGGCGCCGAGGUGAUGGUCAUCAUCGAUGCGGCCACGCCGCGCGGAUUUGCAAGUGUGGCCUCGGCGCGCGCACAGCUGCUCGAGCUCGGUCGACAGGCGGCGGGAGACCAGGGGGUGCAUGUGGUGGCGCCGUGCUCGCACGACAAGCCGUGUCCUCUGCUGCAUCCGUUUGCCAUCGGCAGCUCGGUCGCCGCCGCGGUGGGCGCAAGGGCGGAUAUGGGCAAUCCGUUCAAGUCGAACGACGUGUGCGGGUUCUUUGCGCGUUACCAUACACCGACGUUCCUCAGGCGCACCAAACACUCGGAUAGGGGAGAAGAGAAUGUGGCCUACUCGUAUGUCGUGGUGCGCCGUGGACCAAGACCGGGCCUGCUGAGCGAGGCGCAGAGGAGGGCGGCAAAGCAGGGCAGAAAGAAUGUCCAGCGCAUCGCGGCCGAAAUGGCAGACGAGGCCAGCAGCACCAAGUCUGGCAUCCUCGAUCUGAUUCGCAGCGCUAAGCUCGAUGCUGGCAAGCGCAGGCAGCUUGAAGAAGUGGAUGCCAGCGCCGCCAUCGCUGCGCCGGAGCGUGCGCACGAGAAGGCGGACGCGGACGGCGAGAUGAGCGACCAACAAGCCAUGGACGAGCUGCUCAAGCUGCUCCCCGACGCGCUCAAGGCCGAGAUGCAGCCCAACGGCUCGCCUUCUACGGCACAACUGACGCCCGAGCAGCUGGAUACCAUCAUGGCCUCGGUGCGCUCUUCACUGCCGUCGAGCAGCGCCUCGAGCCUUGUAGCCGCCGACAAUGUGGCCGAAGGGGCUUUGGGGGAGGAUGGGAUGAUUGGCGUGACGAUGCCUACGGCGGGCGAGGAGCUGGCGAUGCGGCUCGAGUCGUACGCGUGGCCACGGCUGAUCAAGCCUCCGCUCAAGAAGGGUGGACAUGUGACAUUCGACGCGUGCUGUAGCUCCGGCAACAUCGAGCGGUUUACGAUCAGCAAGGCUGCUGGCAAACAGGCCUACCAGGACGCACGCAAGAGCAAGCAAGGCGAUCUCUUCCCGCACCCGCCUCGUUCUCGGUCGGUGAUCAAAGCGCUCAACCCUCUCACGGCUCUCGAGUACCAAUCUGGCGCGGAAGAGGUGGAUUUGAUGGAGAAGCUUACGAUUCGGGCGCCGAGCAAGCUGAAUCGUUCGCAGCAGCAGGUUCAACUCGUCGGAGUGGACGACGAAGAUGCGGAUGCGAUUCUUGCGGAGCUGUAUGGGGAUAUGGACGCUGGUGGAAAGCCAGUUGAUGUGGGCAUGGCAUCGUAUCGACUCAUCUCGCCCAACUUGGUCACGCCGACGCGCAGACAGCAGAAACAAAUCAGCAUCAACUAUGCCAACAAAUGGAACACCCCCGCAACCACCAAGACCCGCCUCACCAAUCCACGCACCAACCUCAACUCCACCCCCCAACGCAAACCCACCCCCACCAACACCGAUGGCGACGGCGACGGCUUCCAGAGCUCCCUCCACCCGCCAGAGCGUAAAGUCCGCCGUUCGUCCCGUAAGAAAUCGCGCGGCGACUGGGAUAGCGAAAUCUUCGGCCACUAA